AUCUCGAAUUAGAGGUGAGCUGGAUUUAGGUUAAGUAUUUCUUAAUGUAAAUUUUGGGAAUUUUAGAUUUUGUGAGAAUAAUAAGCAUAGAAAAUGUUUUUUAUAUUUGAAAUCGACGCAAUUAACGUCUCAAAACAAUUUUUUGGUAAGCCAUUUUAAAGGAAGGUUACCCAAGAAGCCGUUGGGAGAUACUGUGGGCGAGGGUAGUGCAGGAGCAGGAUCAAUAGUGUAUCCAACUCUGACGUGAGGCUUCUCACCGAUGCAAAGUCCGAGGAUUCUGAACACCAAAUUUCUGACUCAAAUUCAUGGCUUGCACUUAUAAAUCCAAAUGGUUAACACCCACCCUGGCCGCUAUUUCUGCAACCGCAGCCAUUUCCAUUUAUUUAUUGAGGAGGAAAUUGAGGGACUUGGAGAUUUCCCUCAAGUCCUCCCUGGAGAAAUGUGCUGCCGAGAGGCAAGGUCGAAUUAGGGCUCAGCAGGCUUUGAGGAAAGCAAUAGUACAACCCAAGUCUGAUAAUAUGGAGAUGACUUCAUAUCCAAUGAGACCAAUUGCUAUCAUUCAGUCAUGCUUCUCUACCAGGAAUGGAACACCAAGGCAACCUUUGCUUGUACCUCUUGCCAGAGCUUGUUUAAUAUUUGAUUCAGCUCGGGUUCCUCCAGCAUCACUUGAGGGCCUUGGAGAAUAUUCUCAUUGUUGGAUUAUAUAUGUGUUUCAUUUAAAUACAGAUUUGGAGAAGUUAUGGAAGGACCCAUCUAAAUCGAAGUUCAAGGCAAAGGUGAGAGUGCCAAGAUUGAAAGGUGGAAGGAUGGGUGUCUUUGCCACUAGAACUCCCCAUCGACCAAACCCUAUUGGGCUUACUGUUGCAAAGGUGGAGGCAGUACAUGGGAAUAUGGUUUUACUUUCUGGUGUAGAUCUGGUUGAUGGCACACCAGUACUGGAUGUGAAACCUUAUCUACCAUAUUGUGAUUGCGUCCAAGGGGCAGCACUGCCAAAGUGGGUAGAGGAUGAUAAUUUGUUAACCGUAGCCUCUGUCAAUUUCUCUGAUGACUUUCCUUCUGCUCUCGCUGAAUGUUGGGUGAUAGCAGAAAAGAAGUCGCUCUAUGCAUCACCCAAUGAGCUUCAAAGCUUGAUCAAGCAGGUGCUUUCAUGGGAUAUACGAUCACUAUCUCAACGAGACCGACCUCAUAAUUCCCUCUUUAGUAUGGGAAGCAGUGCUGCGGUUGAUAAAACUUCAGAUUUGGCUGAUUGGCAAGCUGAAGUUAAGUGUGAAAGUGAACCAGUCGCUCUUCCUUCUGAGGACAUCAUUUAUCACCUGAUUCUGGAAGGGUUGGAUGUCUCUUACAGAAUUGAUUGCAAUGGAAAUGUCCUUGUAGAGAAAAUUACACUUUCUUCUGACAUCCCAAAGAAUAACCGAAAUGGAUCCAAUUACAAGAUAUGGAGUGAUAAAAUUGGUUAAUUCAUUUUUUACAAGACAACCUUGUGUCAAGGCUUAAAAGCCCUUUAAACUUGGCAGAAAUUUGCUCUCCAGAUUUACCCUUUUUCUGGCAGUCUGUUGAAUUGAGUCGGUUAUCUUCCUUCCCCUAUAGAAUCUAAAACUUGGUCAAAUCAAUAGUAUUGAUGAUGGCAAUCACGCCAAAACCGAUGGCACUGAUAACCCGGAUGGUUAGAAAUGAAUCCACGGAUGUGGUUGUUUUAUCUUGCUGGUCUUCUGCGUGCUGAAUCCUUGUCUUUUUACUUCCCUUUUUGAGACGUCUAUUCUAAAAUUUCUGAUUCCACAUUGGACAAUGACUGUACCUUGAAUAUCUUACUAUUUCCCAAUCAUAAUUGUUUUGUUAUUACGAAGCUGGAUACCUUGUGCUUGUCUCUCUGAUCCUGUGGGCCUGCCGCUGUGAAGGCCAUUUUUCCAGAGGAAUGGUUCUCCAAAAAUAUGGAUGAAUUAUACAUUUCGUUGAUGGGGAGCAGCCAUGGAAUGGGAAUCAGGAUUGAAAGUUUCUUCUUGCAAGGAUGGGCCAGACCAAGUCCUUGCUAAUCCAAUCAGUUGGUCAAUUCUGAGCUUGGUUGAUCUAGCAUAUCUUGUACUCAAGGUCAUUUUCUCUCACAAAUUCUGUUUAUUCAGCAGCAGUGAUGCAGAGGAUAAGGCCACAACAGAAGAUGGCAACCUUUAGAAUCUAUAGGAAAGGUAGGGGUUCUACAACAGAUAUUGUCGUAUGGUAUGAAAAUGGUCACUGAAUGUACUUCCGGCUCCUUCCUUUUUAUGUACACAAUACAUGGUAGCCAAUCAGCCGCUCAAGCUAGGAGACGGUUCAUCUCCAAAGCUGGUCAAUGCAUGGUCUCUCAGCUCCGUGUGUUUGGUUAUAAAGCAAUGAGGUGCUUGGCAAAACCCGCAUAUGUGCACACCCUCAAGCUUCUUCCUAGCUUUCAAGUGUUCCACUAUGUUCAAGUUUGCUUUAAUAAAAGGAUUCCUCCAAUGUUA